AUGUCUUCCACUGUAACCGUUGACCGUACCUCCAAAUUGACCGUCCACGAAGCUCCAAACAAGGACUCCAACAAUGUUAAACAAGAGGACCUCUCAGGCAGAAACUACAUUCGCUGGAACGCUGAAGGUGUAGAGAAGAUUCCAGACGACGAAGAGGACGACAUCAAUGCAGUUGCCGAGCAGAUCAACCAGAUCCAGAAGGCUCAAUGGAACGUGCAUCGUCAUUGCUACAGCGGCACCCAUGCUCGUACACACGGCAUCGUCAAGGGAAAGUUCGUUGUCCACGAAAACCUGCCCAAGCAUCUUAAGCAAGGCGAACUUUUCCAAAAUGGCGGAGACUUUGAUAUCGUUGCAAGAUAUAGCACUGAGCCUGGUGACCCGGGCUUGGACCUCUUCGGUGUCGAGGGUGACAUGUACGAGAACUAUCCCACCCACGACAUCGAAUUCAACAGUACUCCAGCUCUAGACCUUGCCACUGCCAAAGUUACCCGCGAGAUCAUCGACUUGCGAAUCAAGUAUGGCCACGAUCAGGAAGAACUUCGCAAACACCUCGAGAAACGCAACGAUACUGAACUGCAGACCGCACGAGACAAGGUCCGCAACACCCAUCUGGAGAGCACUCGCCAGUACUCACAGACUGCCUACCGUUUUGGCGACUACGUCAUGAAGUAUUGCCUGGUGCCCUCCAGCGAGACACAACGCAAGCUCUAUGACGAGACCGUACGCCCUGAAGAUGGCUCAGACAUCUUGCACCGUUGGCUCCAGAAUUUCCAUGCUACACAUGACGCAGAGUACCUCUUCCAAGUCCAGCUAUGCGAGAACCUCGAAGAUCAACCUGUUGAAUACGCCGGCAAGGUCUGGGAUCCCGAAAAGUACCCUUGGCAGACCGUGGCUACCGUCAAGAUCCCCAAGCAAGAGAGUUUUGACUUUGAGAGAAAGACCUUCUGGGAAGACCACAUGAGGGUUGACCCCUGGCAUGGACUCAAGGCAUACCAACCUUUGGGUGGACCUAACAGAUUGCGAAAGGUGGUAUACCCUGCAUCGAGUGCUCUACGCCGCAAGAUGAAUGGUAGAAAGGAGGUUCACGUCACCAGUGUGGAUGAUAUUCCAAACUGA